CCCGGCUCUGGAGCGUGAGGGGCUCCCCACGUGGGGCGGGGGCUGUGGGUGCCGAGGAGGGGCUGAACCUGUGUUAGGGGCAGUGUCCCGUGCGUGCGGUUGGCGUGUCAAGCCUUUGGGUUUUGAGUGUGGGACCAAUCAAUGUGGCUGUUUGUCCGCGGACAGAAUUCCCACUGCAGUGUCCCGAGCCCGCGUGUGGGGAAGCCCCUCUGAUGGUACCUCAGAGAGUAGGAGAGUCCUGAAGACGCAGCUCAGGCAGUGGGAAUAUGAAUCUCUUACCUAAAAGCUCCAAGGAGUUUGGCUCCGUUGACUAUUGGGAGAAGUUCUUCCAGCAGCGAGGAAAGAAAGCUUUCGAGUGGUAUGGAACCUACCUGGAACUGUGCGGGGUGCUCCACAAAUACAUGAAACCCAGGGAAAAGGUGCUGGUGAUUGGGUGCGGUAACUCAGAGCUCAGUGAGCAGCUGUAUGAUGUGGGCUAUGAGGAUAUAGUGAAUAUCGACAUCAGUGAGGUCGUCAUCAAGCAAAUGAAGGAACGCAAUGCCAGCAGACGGCCCCAGAUGAGCUUCUUGAAGAUGGACAUGACACAGAUGGAAUUUCCCGAUGCCUCCUUCCAGGUGGUGUUGGACAAGGGCACCCUGGAUGCUGUCCUGACAGAUGAGGAGGAGAAGACCCUGCAACAGGUGGACAGGAUGCUAGCUGAGGUUGGCCGUGUCCUGCAGGUGGGCGGUCGCUACCUCUGCAUCUCCCUGGCUCAGGCUCACGUCCUGAAGAAAGCAGUGGGUCACUUCUCUCGGGAGGGGUGGAUGGUGAGGGUGCACCAGGUGGCCAGCAGCCAGGACCAGGUGUUGGAAGCAGAGCCUCGGUUCUCCCUGCCUGUGUUUGCCUUCAUCAUGACCAAGUUCAGACCAGUCCCUGGCUCUGCCCUUCAGAUCUUUGAGCUGUGUGCUCAGGAGCAGGGCAAGCCCGUGCGGCUGGAGAGUGCUGAGCAGCUGGCUGAGGCGGUGCGGGAGCGGCAGCAGUAUGCCUGGCUGUGCAGCCAGCUGUACCGCAAGGCCGGGCUGGGGAGUGUGUCUCUGGACUUGUGCAAUGGGGACACGGGGGAGCCACGCUACACCCUCCACGUGGUGGACAGCCCCACUGUGAAACCAUCGCGGGACAGUCAUUUUGCCAUUUUCAUCAUCCCCCAGGGUCGAGAGACCGAGUGGCUCUUUGGCAUGGAGGAGGGCCGGAAGCAGCUGGCAGCCAGCGCAGGUUUCAGGAGGCUGAUCACCGUGGCCCUUCACCGAGGUCAGCAGUAUGAAGGCAUGGACAGCAUCCAGGCUGAGCUGUCGGCCAGAGUCAUGGAGCUGGCCCCAGCCGGGAUGCCUGCCCGGCAGCAGGUGCCCUUUCUGUCCGUGGGUGGGGACAUCGGGGUCCGGACUGUUCAGCACCAAGACUGCAGCCCCUUGAGUGGCGACUAUGUCGUCGAGGACGUGCAGGGGGAUGACAAGCGCUACUUUCGGCGGCUCAUCUUCCUCAGCAACAGGAACGUGGUGCAGUCAGAAGCCAGGCUGCUGAAGGAUGUGUCUCACAGAGCCCAGAAGAAACGGAAAAAGGACAAGAAGAAGCAGCGGCCUGCUGAUGCUCCCGAGGACCGCCCUGCAGCCCCGGGGCAGUGCAUUGAUAGGAGUUACCUGUGCUGUGAACACCACAAAGCCAUGAUCGCGGGCCUUGCCCUGCUGAGAAACCCGGAGCUGCUUCUAGAGACCCCACUGGCAUUGUUAGUGGUGGGCCUGGGCGGGGGCAGCCUCCCUCUCUUUGUCCACGAUCAUUUCCCAAAGUCCUGCAUCGAUGCUGUGGAGAUCGACCCGUCCAUGUUGGAAGUGGCUACCCGAUGGUUUGGCUUCUCCCAGAGCGACCGGAUGAAGGUCCACAUUGCUGAUGGCCUGGACUAUAUUACCAGCCUGGCGGGAGGAGAAGUACGGCCUCACUACGAUGUCAUAAUGUUUGAUGUAGACAGUAAGGACCCAACACUGGGAAUGAGUUGUCCACCCCCGGCGUUUGUGGACCAGCCUUUCCUGCAGAAGGUCAAAAGCAUCUUGACUCCUGAGGGUGUCUUCAUCCUCAACCUCGUGUGCCGAGACCUGGGGCUAAAGGACUCAGUGCUGGCUGGGCUCAAGGCUGUGUUCCCCCUCCUGUAUGUCCGGCGAAUUGAGGGUGAAGUAAAUGAGAUCCUGUUCUGUCAGCUGCACCCUGAGCAGACACUUGCCACGCCGGAGCUCUUGGAAGUGGCCGAGGCCUUGGAGCAGACACUGAGGAGGCCUGGGAGGGGCUGGGAUGACACGUAUGUCCUGUCAGAUAUGCUCAAGACUGUGAAGAUUGUGUGAUCCCUGAGGCCAGGCAGUCCUCUGAGCUUCCUGCCGGACUGACCUGGGGCCCUGGCUGCCAGAGAUUGAAGAAAUAUAGUGCUCGUUACUUUUUGAGCCUCCUGUUUUUCUUGCUUUCAUACUCAGCUGCAUAUGGCCUCCAGCUUGGUGAGGUUGCUGAGGAUCUGGGAAAAUAAAAAAGUCCUUCCCCUCCUAUUCUCUUCUGUCCCACUUGGGUUGAUCACCUUGCUUCCUUUCCCGUGCCCUUUAGUAGGAUCCCUGCUGGAGCCCCCAAAGACGUUGAUGCCUUAGCAAGUAUGCACCAAGCUCCUUAGGACCGGAGACAGUUGGAUCUGAUUGCUGUUUUGCUUUUGCUUUAUCCUUUUAUUGGUUCUGUAGGAAUGAUCUCAAGAGAGAUAGCAGAGCAUUCCAUGCCAAAAGACUAUAAACAGAGGAGGAUCUCCAUAGGCAUGAGACAGAUUUGAGAGAACAUCUCCUCUGACUCCCUGCAGAUGGAACUGCCGCUGAUGUGGUCCCAAGUUUUAAGGAUCUGUUGACCCACUCCCUAUUUAACAGCUUUCCUCAGCCACUCAAACCUUGUACUCUAAGCCAUUUGUUCUGUUCUCAGUCGGGGGAGUGGAUGUAACUGGCCCCAUGACUGUGUAUGUCAGAGACUAAAGUCUCCGGUGUUGGUUUACUCACAUUUAUUGAGUGACAGCUGCACGCCAGACCCAGUGUAAAGAGCUGUGGUGAAGUAAAGAUGUUUAAGAAUGGCCAAAACACGGAUUAGUAAUAAAAAUUAACAUGUUUCAGGAA